AGCCGUUUCGGUGCAAGCAGUCCACAGCCCGAGUCUCCAAAUCGGGAAAGUGUGAAGCACGCGCGCACGCGCUAGGAUGGCGUGUUGUCGGUCUCUGUGCUCGUACGAGGAGCCAUCGGAGUCUGAGCUAGCUCACAUGAAAAAGUGCGUCCAUUUUGAAAUCAAAGGGGUCAUCGUCAUGAAUCCGGUCGUGUUCGGCAGUUCCUGCUUCUUGCUUUGGGGUUUCGUGAUCGCCUGCUGCGUCGAGCCAGACUACAUGAAGCGCGCCAUGGACCUAAUCGCCUGGGAAUGGAUUCCCGAGGUGUGGACGUGGAUUUACAUCGUGUCUCAGGACAUCUGGGUUGUUGUCCUCCUCUGGGCUAUGAUCUGGCACGGCAAGCUGAAGCUGGGAAAGGACGAUGACGAGCCAGAGUUCAGCACCACCACCUGGUUUUCGAUGCUGUUUUGUUGCGGUGUGGCCACAGGCCUGUUCUACUACUCGGUGGCGGAGCCGAUGUGGCACUACAAGGGCUGGGGAUCCCCGAGGUUCGUCUCCGGGGCCAAGGGCUACGGUACCGAGGACGAGGACGCAACGCACGCGCUGAUGGUCAGCGUCUUUCAUUGGGGCUUGCACGGCUGGAUCCCCUACGUGGUGAUGGGUGCCGUGCUUGCCAUCAUGACCUACCGACGUGGAUACCCCAUGACCGUCCGCUAUGCGUUCGUGCCUCUCAUCGGCGACCGCGUUUACGGCCCGUUGGGCGACUGCGUGGACGCCCUUUCAAUCGUCACCUCCAUCGCGGGAGUCUGCACCUCACUCGGCCUGGGCGCCAUACAGAUCAACGCUGGGCUUCAGCGCAUCAGCUGGGGGUCAUUCCGCGGCACGAACUACGCCAUUCCGUACGAAACGAUAGUGAACCAGAAUGGUCAGACAGUGAAUAAGUAUGCAAACCCUGGGUGCAAUGGCCAAGGAUUUGCCUGUGACGAUGGAGAGGAGUCUUAUGGCGUGCAGCGAAGCACGAUGAUCCAGAUCGUAGCCAUCUUGACCAUCACCUGCAUGUCGACCGUGUCGGUGGUGUUGGGCAUCGGCCGCGGCAUCAAAUUCCUUUCACAGUGUGUGUUUGCGAUGGGCAGCUUCUUAAUGCUAGUCGCGGCAUUGAACGGCGAGACUUACCUAAUCCUUGAUAAUAUAGUGCAGGUUACUGGCUACUACAUGUGGUAUAUUAUCAAGAUCGGCUUCCAUUGCGACAGUUGGGAGCGCCUUGGCGGGAAAGACAUGGGGCUCGGCGGGGUAGACACAGGUGGCGGUCCCACGUGGAUCAUCGAUUGGACCAUAUUUUAUUCAGCAGGCCUGCGUCAUUCCGUCGAUCUUCGAACGGCAGACAGGGCCAAUUCAAUCUGGGUUGCACGGGUUGCCCGCGUGGGAUAA